AUGUUCCUCGGCGGAUGCAUUCAUGGGUCCCUGUGGAUUCGCAAUCAUCUGCAGUAUGGACUUGCAAUUCUUGGUCCGCAGAAAGAGACUUCGGGAGUGGCUUCGCUGGCCCUCCUCUCCAUCAUCGUCCUUACGUCUUUGAGGACAUUCAGGAGACUGUUUAAGUUAUGGGUUGUUUUGACAUACAUGGCAUUCUUUGUCACCAUAUACUACUAUACGUUGUACGCAUUGCUGUGGAUAUUCCCUCCCUUUGCAUUUUACGGCGCAGAUGUUUUAUUGCGCCUAUUCCGCUAUCAAAUAAAGGAUGCCACCCUCACUGCGCAGGACACUCACAUGACUUUGAUCCGCGUUCAUAAUUGCGACGAUGGCUGGCUCGCUGGCCAGCAUGUCAGAUUGCGCGUUUUCUUCUCCAACAAAGGCGACUCGGGUGCUUUUGUUCAAGUCAUACUGGAUGGUCCUUUUGGGGGGUCAGGUGUCGAUCUGGGUCUGUACGAAAGCGUGUUUCUUGUAGCCGGCGGGUCUGGGGUCACACUCACUCUUGGUCUGCUGGACGACAUCAUCGGCAGGUGUGUCAAACUAGGCCGCAGUCAGGAGGAACGAACGAGGAGAAUCGAGUCCACCUGGUACAUUCUCGGUCAGAUAGAAUGGCUUGCUCCGAUGCUGAUAGAUAUUGCUACGGCAGCGUCGAAUAGCACCAUAGACCUGCACAUCUCUAUUUUCGUGGCGUGCCUUUGCAAUCCGGAAGCGGUGCCUGAUAUCCCUAACUCCAUCGUCACACUCUCGCGUCCGUCUAUUCAUAAUAUUCUCAAGGACCUCAUCAGUCUUCCGCCAUCGUCUGAAAAGGAAGAUCUGAUCGAAACUCGAUGUCAGAAAUCGCCUAGCUUGGGUGGGGGAGUCGCGGUCUGCGCUAGCGGCCCAGAGAGCUUGACGAGAGACGCGCAGAAUGCAGUCCCGAGAUUGAGUUUGACAAUGGGUAUGGAUAUGGGCGGGAUUGCUCUACAUACGGAGCAGUUUACUUUGUGA